AUGUUGAAAGUCUUACCUAAACCUGCUAAUUUCGUGUUGAAUUGUUGUAUCGUAUCAGGUUUUGCCAGUUUGUCUAUAAGAAUUCGAGGCUUGCCAUCCCUUAAAAUCCCCUAUCCACUUGUAGAAAAGAACCACGGUGACUCAGUUCUCUCGCCGUCUCCCUCCCUGUUCUCGUUGACUCGCUGUUUCCUGCCGUUGACUUUAUUUCUCUUUUACCGUUCAUCUUUCUCGGCCUUGUGGCCGCUUGUUCGUCCUCUAUCGUCGCCGUUUCACGUACAUUUUCCGUUUGAAACAUUAUAUAUGUACCGGAUCGUGAUGUCGAAGCAUGAAGAAAGCUGGUGAAACCGACUUUCAUAAACAAUAACAUGUGGAGGAGUUUUGAAAAUCUUGGGAAGGGUGAAGAGUCAUCGACACAUAACUCGUAAUGGUUGUUCUAUCUGAACUUCCAAAAGGAUCUUCACCUUCUUCAUCAACUCAUAGCCAUAUUAUAUCAACAUGUGGUCCUAGAUCAUCAACUCAGGAUGAUAGAUAUGAUGUAUUUUUAAGUUUUAGAGGUGUUGACACUCGUCUUAGUUUUACUAAUUAUCUUUAUGAGGCCCUUAUAGAUGCCAAUAUCAAUACCUUCUUGGAUGAUGAAGAGAUUGAAACAGGGGAAGAUCUAAAACCAGAAUUAGAGAGCGCAAUUAAGGCAUCUCGGGCUUCUAUU